AUGGAGAGAAAUUACGCAGAGACAAGCGGCAGUGCACCAGGAGGAUAUACACCAGAGAGGGUCCCUGAGAUGGACAAAAACUUAAGAAUAUAUCUUAGGAAGGAGAUUCGUAAUUACACAAGUGAGAACCCAGAUGAAAUAAUCUCAAAGAUAGAGCUAGUCAGUCACGAAGCAAAUCCAAAGGAGCAGCUGCUGAAUAUUCUGCAGCCUGUCUUUGAGGACAGAACUCAACUAUUUGUGAACAGAUUAUUUGGCUACCAGAAGAGAGUGUGCAGAGAUGGUGCACACUGCAGGAGACCAGGCUGUUACUUCAAACACCCUUCAGUUGGUCUCCCUAUGAUGGAAAUAGACGAGAGACCUGCAAUAUCACCUAGAGAAGAAAGAUUCCAUGGGGGUGCACCAAAGGCCGUCUUAGAAAGACAAAGAAAAAUCAUUGAUCUGUUAAGCAGACGGACAGAUUUACCGGCUGAUGCACAGUCACUCAUUGAGCAACUCAGGAGGCUUAUAUGCAGGGGGCCCAGGGGAAGCCAAGGGGCUGAGCAUCUGUCAACCCGCUUCAUUAUCAAUAACAGGCAAGAGUGGAUGACAAAUGAACACCUGCACACAUACCCUGGGGUCAUUCGGGUUUCUGAAAAUGGAACUAUAGAGUGUGCUACUAGAGCAGAUGCAGAAAGAGUAUUUAAUAUGAUCUAUAAGAUAGAUAAGAACAGCCAUCCCACCUGGAUAGAAUAA